UUUAAAAACUACAAAAAUCGUAUUACAUAUAAAUGGGACUUACUUUGUAUUUAUUCACAUUUGUCACCUAUCUUACUGUUAGUAACUAUAUGUCAGAAUAAACCAAUCAGAUUAUAGAAGAUUUAAAUUCAAAUGAAAACUGAAAAGGUCAGUUUUUCAAAUGGCGGUUACAGUUUACAAGUGUCAGACAACAUAUAAUAUGAAUGAAAUGAGUAAAUAUUAAUUGAAAAAGUAACUAAUUCGUAAUUAUUCGGUGAUUUGAAACAAACAAUUAGUAAAAAUGUCAGACAGUAUAAAAGUAGCUAUUAAAGUGAGACCCUUAAUUAAGCGUGAAAAGGAUGAUAAUUUAGGGAUACAGUGGACAAUUCAAGGCAAUUCCAUUGUUUCUACAGAUCAAGAAGUGAAGAAGCGUGGAGAUGGCGGUUUUUAUUUUGAUCACAUCUUUGAUAUGAAUGCAUCUAAUUGGGAUGUAUUUGAUACUGUUGUAAAACCAAUUGUUAAUGCUGCUGUAAAUGGCUUUAAUGGUACGGUUUUUGCCUAUGGUCAAACAAGUUCUGGGAAAACAUACACUAUGAUGGGUAGUGCAGAAGAACUGGGGAUUGUGCCACUUGCUGUGCAACACAUGUUUGAUGCUAUUGCUAAUACCAGUGGGCGUGAAUUUUUACUGAGAGUAUCCUAUUUAGAAAUUUACAAUGAAAGAGUAAAUGAUCUUUUGAAUAAAAGUGGGCCUGAUUUAAAAUUGAAAGAAGACAGUAGUGGACAGGUAAUCUUACAAUGUAAAGAGGAAAUUACAAAUAGCCCUGAAAAUGUGUUAUCUAUCAUGAAAAAAGGAGAUAAAAAUAGAAGAAUAGGGGAAACUAAUAUGAAUGAGCGUAGUAGUAGAAGUCAUACUAUAUUUAGAAUUACAAUUGAAAGUAGAGAAGCUGGAGAUUCAAAUAGUGCUAUACAAGUAUCACAAUUGAAUUUAGUAGAUCUUGCUGGUUCUGAAAGAGCAAGACAAACAGGAGCUACUGGAGAGAGAUUUAAAGAAGGAAGACACAUUAAUAUGUCUUUGUCUACCCUAGGUUUAGUAAUCAUGCAAUUAAGUGAAUCCCAGGAUGGUCAAAAGCAUGUUAAUUUUCGUGACAGUAAAUUAACAAGAUUACUUCAAAAUUCACUAGGUGGUAAUGCCAUGACAGCAAUAAUAUGUGCUGUGACUCCUGCUGCUUUAGAAGAGACUCAGUGUACUUUGUCUUUUGCCUCUCGGGCGAAAAGUGUGAAAAACAAACCACAAAUUAAUGAAGUCAUGUCCGAUGCGGCACUUUUGAAACGCUAUGCAAGGCAACUAGCUAAACUUCAAGAAGAAUUGCAGAGAAUAAAGAUUGAAAAUCGAUCUGCAGAAGUUGAAGAAAUGGAAACCAAACUGCAAGAAAAAGAUCGUAUUAAUCAAUUAUUAGAAGAACGCAUAGAAUUACUAAAAACUCGUAUUGUUUCCGGAGAUAAUAUAGCUCAAGAAAAAUCAUUUAAAUGCAAAUUGAAAAGAAGACAAACAUGGGGUGGUCCUGGAGUGUUUAAUCAACAUUUACCGAUAUUUCAAACUAAAACUGGCUUGCCAACGAUAAAAGAAGUAUCAUUCGAAAUGCCACAAAGAAAAAGCACCAUACAAUCUAUAGACAUAAUGAAUCAAACAUUUCAAACAGCUUUUACCGAUUUUGAGUUAGAACUAUUUGAGAGUGAAAGAAAUCGUGAAUCCAGAGAAAGCGACAUUGACGAGGAUUAUUUUGUAACAAAACGUAGAAAUAGAGUUACAUUUGUGGAUGAUGUAUACAACAUUAAAUCUAAAAAUAAUGGUAUUGAUAUAACACCAGAAAAAAGUAACAUAUCGACCCAAACUGUAAGUUAUCUAAUGUCUCCUUCCACACCAAAACAUGUUUUACGACGAUGCAUUAGUCAAUUAACAAGAGAAUUUGUAGAACUUCGUGAAUUUACAACUUUAGAAAAACAGCUAACAUGUCAAGGAAAUCAUUGCUGUGCACGAGAAGAGAAAGAACAACAAACUGAACAAAUAAAGUCAUCUUUGGAAUGUUAUAAACUGGGAUAUGUUACAGAAGUGAAAGAACAACUUGCAGCUCUUAAUCUUACAGAAGAAACAAAUUUAGAAUCUAUAAUUACUAAAUUAUGUACUAAAUUGAAUGAAAUUCAGAAACAAAAUAUUUCAGAAAAAGAAUCCAAUUUUAAAACAAUGAAACAAUUUUCAGAACUAGAAAAAAGAAUUGAAAAUAUUACUUCUGAAAGAAAUGAAUUUGAAUAUAUUAGCCGUGAAUUACGUGCAGAAUUAAAGAAAAAAACAACAGAACUGGAAUUAAAAAUUAUGUCCGAAGAAAAUAUGAAAAAAGAAGAAAUGACAAAAAUUUCAGAAUUAGAAAAGCAAAUGGAAAGUAUUAUAUCAGAAAAAAAUAAAUUUGAACGCAUCAAUGCUGUCUUAAGUAAUGAAUCAACAAAACAAAUUACGGAAUUGCAAAAACAAAUUGAAAAUGUUACUUCCGAAAGAAAUGAGUUUGAGCACAUGCGUCGAGAAUUACAUAUAGAAUUAAAUAACAAGUCUAUAGAAUUGGGAAAGUUAAAGAAUAACUCAGAAAAAAGUGCAAAUACUGAAAUAAUAAAUAACAAAAUAACAGAAUUAGAGGCAAAAAUUGAAAAUAUUACAUCCCAGAAUAAUAUGUUUAAACAUAUGAACGAUGACCUACGCGCCAAAUUAAAUCAGAUGUCGUUAGAAUUCGAAUUAGAAAUUGCUUCAGAACAGACUGAGAAACAAAAAGCAAUUGAAAAAGUAUCUGAAUUAGAAAAACAUAUCGAACAACUUAAGUCAAAUAAAAAAGAAUAUGACUGUACUAAUGUUGAAUUGAGAAAUGAAUUACAUAACAAAAUUACAGACUUGGAAUUCAAAAUUAAAUCAGAACAUACUUUAAAGCAAGAAGCAAUGGACAAAAUUUUAACAUUAGAAAAACGUGCAAAUACUGAAAUAAUAAAUAACAAAAUAACAGAAUUAGAGGCAGAAAUUGAAAAUAUUACAUCCCAGAAUAAUACGUUUAAACAUAUGAACGAUGACCUACGCGCCAAAUUAAAUCAGAUGUCGUUAGAAUUCGAAUUAGAAAUUGCUUCAGAACAGACUGAGAAACAAAAAGCAAUUGAAAAAGUAUCUGAAUUAGAAAAACAUAUCGAACAACUUAAGUCAAAUAAAAAAGAAUAUGACUGUACUAAUGUUGAAUUGAGAAAUGAAUUACAUAACAAAAUUACAGACUUGGAAUUCAAAAUUAAAUCAGAACAUACUUUAAAGCAAGAAGCAAUGGACAAAAUUUUAACAUUAGAAAAACGAAUUGAAAAUAUUACUUGUGAAAAAAAUGAAUUUCUACGUAUAAACAAUGAAUGCAAUAUGAAUAUUUCAGAACUAAAAUCUACAAUUAUGUCGCAACAAACUGCAUAUCAAGAAGCAAAUAAUAAGAUUUCUGAAUUAGAAGAAAAAUUGAAAAGUACAAUAUUGGAGAAAAAUGAAUUCCAACGCAUAAAUACCGAAUUCAAUAAAAAGUGUUCUGAACUUGAGGCACGAACAAUGCAUAAGGAAGCUGACAAUUUGAAGUCAAUUGAAAAAAUGUCUGAACUGGAGAAACAAAUUAUGAGUAUAACAUCUGAGAAAAACGAACUUGAACGCGUUAAUAAUGAAUUACAUAUCGAAUUAGAGCAAAAAGAUUCUGAACUAAACAAUAAGAUGGUAGCAGAGCAAAUUCAAAAUCAAAAAACAGUGGAAAAAAUUUCCGAAUUAGAAAAACAAAUUGAAAAUAUAACAUCUCAAAAAGAUGAAUAUGAGCGUGUUAAUAUCGAAUUACGUGCCCAAUUAGAUGCAAAAAUUUCUGAAUUCAAUUCGUAUAUAAGACAAAGUAAAGCUGAAAAUCAAGAUGUAAUGGAAAAAGUCUCCAAAUUUGAAAAUCAGAUUACAAGCGUGAGUUCCGAAAACAAUGAGCUUCAACAUAUCAAUAAUGAAUUACGUGCCGAAUUGAGUCAAACUACUUUUGAGUUGAAUCCCAAGACAGUAGAACAAACUGAAUAUCAAGAUGCAACGAGAAAAAUUUUGGAACUUGAAAAUCAAGUUGCGGAUACGAUAUCUGAAAAGAAUGAAUUAUACUGUGUUGAUCAUCAACAAUUAUGCACUAAAAACACUUGUAUAUUAAAGGCUAAAGUAACAUCAGAAGAAAUUGAAAAACAGAAAAUAAUUGGAAUGCCUGACCAACUAAAAAUUGACAAUAUAACAGAUGACAACUCUACAAAAGAUGAAUUUAACCAUAUUAUUAGUGAAUUACAUACUGAGUUGGAUCAAAAAACUUCUGCAUUAAAGUUAGAACAAAUUGAGAAUCAGAAAGGAAUAAAAAUGAUCUCUGAAUUAAAUAAAAGAAUAGAAUGUGUUCUAUCAGAACAAAAUGAAUUUGAAAAUCUGUAUAACCAAUUAAAUGCUGAAUUCAAGAAAAAAGCUCCUGGAUUGGAAUCAACAAUUGUAUUAGAGCAAACUAAAACUUCUGAAUUAAAGGAGCAAAUGGAAAACAUUACUUCAGAAAAUAAUGAACUUAAAGAUAUCGACGAAAUACGUGAUGGAUCAAAUGAGAAGAAUAUAGAAUUGAAGUUAAGAAGAAACACGAUAAAUGAUUUACAAGAUGUAAUAACAAAUCUUCAAACUGCGAAUCAAGAUCUAGAAGAUCAAUAUCAAUCAUUUUUAGGAAGUGAAUCUGUUCUAUCUCCUUCAAAAAUAAAUGGAAGCAAUGCUGAUACUUCAUAUGUAAUUCUAAAUAUGGAAGCAGAGAAAAGUCAAUUAGAAGGAACUCUCCAACUAAAAAGUCAGGAGUUGGAAGAUAUAAAAAGAGAUGUUCAAAGCCUUAAAACGGACAUAAACAAAUUGCAGGAAACUAUUUAUCUGUUAACAACUGAAAAUAUGGAAAUGGCUACAAAAUUAACUAUAGAGCAAGAGAAUGCAAAACAAAGUGAAAUUAAUCUUCAGAAAACAAUUGAUGAACUUUAUGCGCGUAUUUCUGAAGUUACGAAUGAAAAGAUUACUUUAGAGAGUGAUUUGACAGCUUUGAAUGAUCAGUUGGAAUCUAUGCAUUCUAAGAUGUCAGUAGUAUAUAAUGAAGAACAGUUGUUAGAAUCAUAUCGAAAAAAAAUCGAUAAACUAACUACAGAAAACAUUGAAUUGUCAACCUCUAUCACAGAAAAAAAUAAAGAGCUUGAGAACAUCAAAGAAAGUAAAUCACUUUUAUAUGAUCACGAUUGUAUUUACACAAAGAAGAUAGCUGCCCUUCAAGAAAAGAAUGAGUAUUUGCUAGCUGAAAAUAAUGAACUUUCUACAGACUUGAUAGACAAAAUAGAAGAAAAUGAUAUGUUGAAGGAGCAAUGUGAUAUAUUAAAAAAUAAGAUAGAGCAAUCACUAUCAAUAAAUAAACAUGUUGCUGACAAUGAUGUAGAACAUGUACAGAUGGAAAAUAAUAUCUUAAAAACAGAAAUUGCAGAAUUAAAAACAAAAGUAACAAUAUUAUCAGAAGAAAAUACAAAAUUUUCUACUAACCUAUUAGAAACUUUAGAUAAUAUUGAUUCUUCUCAAAAUGAAAAAUCAUAUAACAGUACUUUGCAUUUAUCAAAAAUAUUCAAUAAUAGUAGAGACAUCAAUGAAAUGGAAUACGAAGUAUCACAAGAAGAAACACGGGAAACUCUGGAAAAUGAAGUGAUAGCAUUGCAGAACAAAAUCGAUCACCUGACGCGCUUGAAUAAAAAACUUAGUGAUUUAAAAUUAACGUCUUGCAGCCAGUGCGUACAUUUAAGGAAUUUGAAUGAAAGUCACAGGAUCCUUAAGCUUGAAACGAAAGGUUUGAAUCAAAAGUUAGAAGAUUUACAAAGAAAGUUCGAUCGCAAGUGUGCAGACACCGAGAUUCUGAAAAACAAAAUACAUCAAGAAUUAAAUUUAAGCAUACACGAUGUAUCUUCGAACGUUGUCUUUGUUGAUGAAAUGAAUGUAAGUUUCGUUGAAGAAAGAAUUCAGAGUUUAAAUAAUGAACUACAAAUUUUAAAAACUGAGCAUAAUAAAUUCUUGGUUUUAUAUGAGGAUAAGUGUGAUGAAGUAAAACAACUUCACAGUGGCAUGAUUGCAAAUGAAUCCAACACGGAUGAUUCUACAUCUAAAAAAAUCCAGAACAGAGCAGGGAAUAGAAUAGAACAAAUUCAAAAUCAUAUUGACCACAUAAAAAGUGAUAUGGAUGAAAUAAAGGAAAAUAGCAUGAAUUUUACUGUUAUGCUUAAUGAAUUUAAAACUGAAAAAGCAAAUUUAUUAGAUCAAAUUAACAACUUAAAAGAUGUUAAUGAAGAAUUACGAAAAACAAUAUUAAAUAAUGAAAGCACUGCAAUAAAGAAACUACAAAUUCUUGAAAAUGAAUUGACCAAUACAAAUAGAGAAAUUGAACAGUUUUCCAUACAAGAGAAAGAGUUAGAAUCACAGAAACUAAUUUUAGAAGUAGAAUUAGAAGGCUUGAAACGCACAGAACAGGAUAAAAAUGCCUUGAUUAAUCAAUUAAAUGAAGAUAUCUUCUCUCUGAAAAAAGAAUUAGAGAACAAAGAAGAGUUACAGUAUCUUAAGGAACAAUGCGAGAAAUUAGAAAAAGAUAAAGUACUUAGUAAGGAAUUGGAGCAACAUAAUAUGAUGCUAAAGAUCAAAGAAUUGGAAGUAUAUAUAAAUGAUCUCCAAAAAACCUUAACAAAUCAAGAAUGUUUCUUUAGAGAACUUCAAGAGAAAGCUAUUUAUGUGGAAAAACUUCUACAAGAAAAAGAGCAAGAAAUAUAUAUUCUAACACAGAAAUUACAAGCAGCAGAAACUGAAGUAAUUAAUAUUAAGAAUAAUUUAGAAAUGAAAUACAAGAAUGAAUUUGAUUCGGUGGUCCAGCACCAUAUCAAAGGAUAUGAAAACAAUAUGCAAAAAUUAAAUGAUACAUUAAAUAAAUAUAUUGACGAAAAUUUGAAUUUAUCACAAGAACUUACUAGUCUUCGAAAUGUCAAAGAAAAAUUGAACGAAGUAGUAGCAGAAAAAGAAUGUUUAUUUGACCACCAAAAAAUGUUGGUCCAUGAUAAUGAAAAACUUCAUGACGAAUUAAACGAAAUUAGAAAAUGUAUGAUUAAAGAACUUAGAUCGCUUAAGUAUAAUGUAAAUUUACAAGAGUUUCCAAGUAAAUCUGUAACUGAAAUUUUUGUAGUUUUACUUCAAACGCUUGUAUCUAAGGAAAGCGAAGUAAUUAAAACUAUGAGAGAAACAUGUGAAAAGGAAAUACAAAAAGUAGAAGAGGAGAAACAACAAUGCAUAAAUACAGAGAAACGUACUAUAACAUGGGCUAAGGAAUUGGAAGGAGAAAUUGAAAAACUCCAAGCAGAUUUAAUGGAAAAAGAACAUGCUCAAAAAGAAUAUCAAAAUACAAUAUCUCAAUUAGAGCAUCUUUUAAAAGAAAGCACUUACGAAAAAGAAAUAUUUAAAGAAAAAAUGGGAGCGCUAGAAACAGAUUUUAAUAAUUUACAAGUUGAAUUUGAUAAACAAUGCAAGGUUGAUAAUCACCAAGAAGAAGCAAUUCUUGUUGCUCAGAAGAAAGAAAAAGAAGUACAUGAAAUGUUUAAAACCAAAGAAACAGAAUUACAGUCAAAACAUAAAUUGGAGAAAGAAAUGUAUGAAAAGAAAAUAGAUAAUCUAGUUCAAACCCUAGAGUUUCACAAAACCAGAAAUUUGGAAUUAAAUAAUACGAUUGAAGGCCUUGAAGCAAAUGAAAGACAAUUGAAAAAUACCAUAGAAAUGAAUUUGACUGAAAUAAAAAAAUACAGUCAAAAUGUAAAAAAAAUAAAUACAGAACUUGAACAACUUACACAGGCUUAUAAUGAAGUAAAUCAAGAGGUGGAGCAAAAGAAUUUACAUAUCGAAGAAAUCACUACAGUUCUAAAAAGUAAAUGUGAUAUAUUGUCUGAAUAUAAAAUAAAAUUUGAGACAAUUGUGCCUGAAUGUGAAAUGCUAAAGGAGCAUGUCAAAGAUCAAAAAUUGACUAUAGCACAAUGUAAAGAAGAAAUAGACAUGCUGAGAAGAGAAAGGGAAGAGCAAUUGGAAAUUAUUAAAGAUAAGUUAAACUCGGAAGAAACAAAAAAUUUUGGAUUAAGUAAACAAUUAAAUGAAUUGAACAACAAAAACGUUACUCUAAUAGAUGAAUUGAAUAGUUUGAAAGAAAAAUAUGAAGAACUUCAAGGAGAAAAUGCAAAACUAGAAAGAAAAAUUAGAAAUAGUACAAGCAAAAUUAAAGCAGAAGCGGAAAUAGAGGAGCUGAAGGAAUUGAAUAAAAGGCUACAAAAUAAUCUGGAGGGUGCAAGUAAUCGUGUGGUAGAAUUUCAAGAAAUUAGAAACCAGAUUUUAAAAGACUUAGUUGAUGUAAAAGGUAAAUACGAAUUUCUAGUGCAAGAAAAUGACGAACUGAAAAGAACACUUUCAUUAUAUAAGUCGAAACACUCGAAUUCAAGUUCAUUAAUAGACAAAGGCAAAUACGAUGCACUUCUUCUAGAAAAGAAUAAAAUUGCAUUAGAGUUAGAAGUUAAAAAGAUAACACUGAGUCAAAAAGAUAAAGAAGUUAAAGGAUACAUCAGUCAAAUACAAGAAUUAACUGAUAAAAACAAGGAACUGGAUGAUGAAUUAGAUGAAUAUGCGGCAAUAAUUCGAGAACGGGACAUUGAAAUUUCAAAAUUAGAAGACAAGAUAUAUUCCCGUUUGUCAGAAAAUGUACUUGUUAAUGAAGCAGAAGAAAAGUUAAAGAACCUCAAUGAAGAAAAUGAGAAACUUCGCGAUCAGGUAGAAGCACUUAAAAUGAGAUUGCAAAUGAAUGUAGAGAAAGACAUUCAACUUCAAAAUGAAAGCAUUAUUCGCGUCUUAAAAAAGGAAAAUUUGGAAUUACAAGCGAAAAUAAAUUCUUAUAAAAUACAGAUAGAUGGUAUUGAAUCUAAAGAAAUACGCACGAAUCAAUUAAAAAAUUUGAAUAAGAGAUUAGAGAAUAACUUAGAAGAGUCAAGUAAUUCUGUUAAAGAACUUGAAGAAAAGAAUAAAAUAAUAAAGGAAUUAGAAACUCAUAAAUUAUUGUUAAAUCAGAAGGAUAAAGAACUUAAGGAGUGUAUAAAUAAACUACGAGAUUUAACAAUGAAAAAUAGGGAACUCAAUAAUGAAUUAGAAGAAUAUGUAAGAACUAUUCGCAAUUGUGAUGCUGAAAUUUCAAACUUAAAAGUUAAUUUGGGUUCACAGUCAACACAAAAUGAAUCAGAUAGUAAUAUAAGACAAAAGUUAGACUUUUUCAUAAUAGAAAAUAAAAAGCUCAAAAAUGAAAUUAAAGAGCUUCAUAUGAGAUUAAGAAUAGAAGCAUAUGAUGAAAGUAUACUUAAAAGUAGUACAAGAAAACAAAAUAGAACUGUGACAUCUGAUAGAGAUGAAUACAAGGAUAAAUAUGAACAAUUGAAAAAAGAUAUUCAUGAAUUAGAAUUGCAGUUAGUAUCGAAAAAUGGAAAAAUUGCAACUUUAGAAAUACAAAUUCAAAGCGAGAGUUUCCCAUAUCAGAAGAAAUGUAAAGAACUGGAAGAACUUGUACUUGCGUUUCGUAAUAAGAAUGCAGAAUUGAACAAUGAAGUAAGAAAACUACGCAGAACUCUAAAUGACGUUAACGCAUGGGAAUGUGACGUCUGUAGGCGAUGGCGCGUAAACAGAAAGGAUCAAGCUUGCCAAACAAUACCCAAUAAUACAGUGCGCUUCUGUAGUACUAAUAGUGGAAUUGUUGAGGAUCAUGUGAAAAUCCAAAAAUUAGAAAAAGAGAAAAUGUUAAUGAAAGAUUUGUGUCGGUCCCGAUCUCGGCAAAUAAAGGAAUUACAGGAUCGAAUACAAGAACUAGAAGCACAAAGUUUGUUUGCUUUGAGACCGAACGAAGCAUUGCAAGAUAGAUCUAAUCAACAGGAUAGCAGCAUUAUAAGACACAACAGGCAUUUAGAUAUUGGAAAAAAUUUUAAGCCGUAAAUAAUGUUAGAUUUCUUCCUUAAUGAUACAUUUUUAUGCAUAUAUGACACUAUGUAAUAACCGCGUAUCUUAUUCCAUAUCAGUAAAAUUAUUACUUCAUAAUUCCUGUACUAUAUGUUUAUAUAUUUAUAUGAGACUGUAAAUAAUCGCGA